UUCCCCUACAGUCGCAAGGACGCCGUUGGAGUGCAUUCAGUGGUCUCAACCUGUUGACCAUCGCAUUUCCAUUUUUUUUAAUCUCUGCUCCAGGGCGCAUCAACUCGUCCGUGAACAGAGCAAUCAAUCGACCGGUAUGGGCGGCGUAUACACUCGUGUGCUGAACGUGGCGUCGCUGCGGCCGGGCGAUCACGUGUGUAUCUGGGACUUCAGUCGCUGGCCCAUUUCAUACCAGCACCACGGCAUCGUAUGGGCUUCAGGUGCUACAGCCGCUGAUAUCCGCGUGUGUCACGUAUGGAGUCCACUCGAGGGUUUCCAGGAAGCACAGGCCGACUCGUGUUUUCGCAUCUCAACACUCGAGGAAUUCCUGGAUAACCGCAAGCAGAAACACCUUCGCCUCGUUGAAUACCACACGUCCGGGUUGCGAGAAGUGCUGUCAAGAUGGGGCGAAGUGCAUCUCAGCAAAGCCGAUUUACCUGAGGUUGUCUUAGCGCGCUGCAAGUUUCUACUAGGCCUGGGACGAGGAGACUUUAAUAUUUUCACACAGAAUUGCGAGCACGCGGCGCAUUGGUGCAUGACUGGCGAGCAGUGGUGUAAACAGACACUUACCAAGGUAAAAGGCCGUGUACCAUUCGAGAAACGACUCGUGAAGGAGGACGUGGACGCGCUCGUAAAGCAAGUGGAGGAGAUCAAGGAGAUCUCACGCUGUGUAGUCAGUAACGUGCUCAAACUCUCAGGCUCCAACGUGUUUCUGAGAGUUAAGGGCAAUCACUACGUGCAGGUACAGGCGGAUGGAACUGUUGGCAUCGUGCCGCAAGGAGACGACCCGACAACGUGCGGACGGACGGCCUUUCGCCUUGAAUGCUACGCCAGAGGAUACAACAGCAUUCGCGUGCGCUUCUUCCAUGAAGACACGGGCUGCUACAUGUUCAGUCGUUCAACGCUAAGCUGCUUCCGUGAUUUACGGAUGAAGGAGCCCCUGGGUGUCCGUGGCAAGUCAGGACUGACGUGGGAAUAUUCCUCGCUGGGAUAUCUUCGCAGUAUGAACCAGCACAGACGGUACGUGGGUGCACGGGACGACGGUUUGCUGCUGGAUGUGAGUAUGCGUGGAGACGCCGUACGCGUCGAGUUUGUGGCCUGUGAAGGUGCUGCUGAGGCCUACACGCCACCGGAUAUUCACCAGGUUACGCGUACGUACAACCACGAAAAGUCCAUCCAGUACACAGAAUCGCAGAGCAUGCGGGACUAUAAGGCGGCCGAGCUCACUAAGUCGUCGCCCACAUCCUCCACUACGACCCCCACGACGGAACGAGCAGCAGCAGUGGCAGCGCUGCCAACUCUCGUCGAGUCUGUAUGAUGGAUUUCAGAAUCAUCAGGACUCGUCCUCCUUCGAACGAGACCGAAGUCGAGCGGGUAUUGUCGCGCUUUGAAACGUGGUCACCUGUGAAAGCGUGGCGUUUUUCCACGGCUACCGAGAGAUACAGUCCCGGCCUAACCUCUUCGUACAGGUUGGUGACCAGGAAUUCUGUUCUACACAGCACGUGCGCUACAACACGGCAGACUUGUAGUUUUAGCAUGUAGCUUUGUACUGAGCGUCUGGCAUGGGCACCAGAUUGUAUUCAACCAGUGGUGGAGAACCAAGCUGCUCUCCUUAAUUUAUCGACAGAGCUUCGAACUCGUCGUCUUGCCGAUCGAUAGCAGAUCGUUGCAUGGAGUAAAAUGAAUGCAAGGUUCAUGAAGUUAUUUAA